AUGGCAAAACCUAUAUUAAGAAUUGGUUCACGUAAAAAUACCCGUAGUGGUUCACGUAAAAAUGUACGUAGAAUACCAAAGGGAGUUAUUCAUGUUCAAGCAAGUUUCAACAAUACCAUUGUGACCGUUACAGAUGUACGGGGUCGGGUGAUUUCUUGGUCCUCCGCGGGUACUUGUGGAUUCAGGGGUACAAGAAGAGGAACACCUUUUGCUGCUCAAACCGCAGCAGGAAAUGCUAUUCGAGCAGUAGUGGAUCAAGGUAUGCAACGAGCUGAAGUAAGGAUAAAAGGCCCUGGACUAGGAAGAGAUGCAGCAUUACGAGCUAUUCGUAGAAGCGGUAUACUUUUAAGUUUCGUACGAGAUGUAACCCCUAUGCCACAUAAUGGUUGUAGACCCCCUAAAAAACGACGUGUAUAG